AUAUAAGUGUCGGCUCUUGGGUUCUCUGCUCAAAAACUGGAAAGAGCUAAUCUUUCGUAAAACGCUCUCACUCUCUGCAUACAAAGAACGAAACACAAAUAAAAGUUUCUGUCUUUUCCUCUCCACCAUUUUUAUUUCAAUUUAAUGCUUUGAGCUCUCUGCUCUUAUAUAUCUAGCUGCCAUUGCUCCUCAAACCCAUCAACGCAUAAGUUUUCUUUUGUUUCGGCAUAAGAACUCAAUGUACUGAACUGGGUUUCUUCCACAUUCUUCUUCCUCUCUUUCGUUCAGGGGCAGAUGGCUGAAGCAAAAUUAGGCCAAUGGUUAUUUCUUCUAGCAUGUGCGGUCACACUGCUGAAAGCAGCAGGAGUUCCUGUGGAAAUAACUUAUGUUCAGAGUGCGGUCGCCAAAGGAGCCGUUUGUUUGGAUGGGAGUCCCCCAGCUUACCACCUUGAUAAGGGAUUUGGCUCAGGAAUUAACAAUUGGUUGGUUCACAUUGAGGGAGGAGGAUGGUGUAACAAUGUCACAACUUGCCUUGGCCGUAAAAACACUCGUUUAGGUUCAUCUAAGCAAAUGCUGAAGGCAAUUGCCUUUUCUGGGAUUCUGAGCAACAGGAAAAUGUUUAAUCCAGACUUUUACAAUUGGAACAGAAUCAAAGUUAGGUACUGCGAUGGGGCAUCAUUCACUGGUGAUGUUGCAGCAGUAAACCCAGAUACUGGUCUUUACUUCAGAGGAGCAAGGAUCUUUCGUGCGGUCAUUGAAGAUCUAUUAGCAAAAGGAAUGGGGAACGCUCAAAAUGCUAUUCUCUCUGGUUGUUCUGCCGGUGGAUUGGCUUCUAUUCUUCAUUGUGACAACUUCCAUGCUCUCUUGCCCGUCGGAACGAAUGUCAAAUGUGUUUCAGAUGCUGGUUACUUUAUUAAUGUAAAGGAUGUUUCUGGAGCCCAACACAUCGAAGAGUUCUUUAGUCAAGUGGUUGAAACACAUGGUUCAGCCAGGAAUUUGCCUCCAUCCUGCACUUCAAAAUUGAGACCAGGUUUGUGCUUCUUCCCGCAAUAUAUGGCAUCCCAAAUCCGGACGCGGAUAUUCUUUGUAAACGCAGCCUACGAUUCAUGGCAGAUCAAGAACAUUUUGGCACCGGGAGUUGCCGAUCCUCAUGGCACUUGGCACGAGUGCAAGCUUGAUAUAAAGAAUUGCUCACCCACUCAACUUGAAGCCAUGCAAGAUUUCAGGGUGCAGUUUUUAAGUGCAAUUGGUGGCAUGACCGGCUGUCCAUUAAAAGGAAUGUUCAUAGACUCUUGCUAUGCUCACUGUCAAACUGAAAUGCAGGAGACUUGGUUAAUGGCUGAUUCUCCGGUGCUCAACAAGACGACAAUUGCAAAGGCAGUUGGCAACUGGUUCUAUGACAGAACUCCGUUCCAAAAGAUAGAUUGCCCUUACCCCUGCAAUCCCACUUGCCAUAACCGUGUUUUUGAUCCAAACCAGCACCUGCUAGAACAAUAGAUUAACAUUCAUUUGCGUGACAAAAAUAUAUCAUUUUCAUUAGCUAGGUUUAUAGUUUAAAUUAUCUCGAACAAGAAGGAAAAAAGAAGGUAAUUCAUCAAGUUAUAUGAAAAUAAUGAAAGCUCACCAUGGCACAAAAACCUGUGUGCUGGGUGUCUUCCCUCAUUGUUUAUGUAAUCGAUCAUCAAAAUCUAAAUUGUACUCGCAUUCUUCCAUCUUGAUUCAAA